CUCUCGGGCUGCAGCUCCCGACGUGCCCCGCACUCGCCGCUGCCCGCCGGCCCCUCCCUCUCCUCCUACCAGUGCCACAGAGCCGGAGUCCGAGCCGCCGCCGCAGCCACAGCCGCGGGCACUAUGGCUUCUGGAGUUACAGUGAAUGAUGAAGUCAUCAAAGUUUUUAAUGAUAUGAAAGUAAGGAAAUCUUCUACACAAGAGGAGAUCAAAAAACGAAAGAAAGCAGUUCUCUUCUGUUUAAGCGAUGACAAAAGACAAAUAAUUGUAGAGGAAGCAAAGCAGAUCUUGGUGGGUGACAUUGGUGAUACUGUAGAGGACCCCUACACAUCUUUUGUGAAGUUGCUACCUCUGAAUGAUUGCCGAUAUGCUUUGUACGAUGCCACAUACGAAACAAAAGAGUCUAAGAAAGAAGACCUAGUAUUUAUAUUCUGGGCUCCUGAAAGUGCACCUUUAAAAAGCAAGAUGAUUUAUGCUAGCUCUAAAGAUGCCAUUAAAAAGAAAUUUACAGGUAUUAAACAUGAGUGGCAAGUAAAUGGCUUGGAUGAUAUAAAGGACCGUUCAACACUUGGAGAGAAAUUGGGAGGCAACGUAGUAGUUUCACUUGAAGGAAAACCCUUAUAAAAUGACAGUCAAGUGCCAUCCGGAUCUUAAGGAGCUUCCAUUUCUCCAGCUCAAUCAGUUGAAAUAGUAUUAGGUGUUUGUUUUUUUGUUUUUUGUUUUUUUUUCUUUCUCUUCCCACUGGGUCCUUCCAAUACAGUGAAUGAAGGAAAUAUCAUUCAUGUAAGCAGCCUAUCAGUGAUUGCCAUUAGACUGUUUAAUACUGUUAUUUUUAUGUAGAACCCAAGGAAUGCCUUCCCAUCAUAUUUUAGCCAAAACAACUGGUUAUAUGCCUCCCUUGCAGCAAGCACUACAAUGAAAGUGAUUGUCAAUGUGAAUAGCUUAGAAUACUGCAAAGGGUAAGCUGAUUGAAUGCCUUGAAAGUAUUAUCCACUGGGCAGAUGGUGAACUUUAUUCAGUAUUAUUAUUUAUAGUUGCACUUGAUUGCAGUUCUGUGAGGCUCGAGCAUUCAUACACCUCACCUGCCUUGGCAAGCCUAUUUUUGUGACAUGGCAGCACAGAUAUAACACUAUGCAUUGAAAGCACUUUUUUUGUAAUGAGUUUAACCCCCUACCCCUCCAAAAGGAUUGCCAAUUAAGUUUUGUUAACUGUGUCAUCAACUUAUCCUAGUACCUCAGUAUUCAUUCCUGUUACCUGCAUAUCUUAAAAGAAAUAGCUGUUACUAAUGCCUUUUUGUUUUCCAUUGAGUGUACACUACUGAAUAAGUGUAGGAGUUUACGUUUACCGUGUAAGUUUUGCAACACUAAAAAUAUUUUGAAUAUCAGUCAUGAUGGCAAUUUCUGUAUAAAAGAGCCUUAAAUGGAACAUUGCUUUUGAGAUCAAACUCCCCACCCUCACAAUAAUGGCCACGUUGCAAUAAAAAUUGUGGCAUAUUACA